UAUAUAAGGCCUUACAUCACCUUGAUGGUUAGGAAGCAGCUACGCCAUCAGAAUGCACUCCCGGCUUCUCCCCCUCUCUUGCGCGGCGGCGGUCACGCUCCUAGCACUCGUGACGUCCGGGUCGGCCACGAGAGAUCGAAGGCAAGCCAGGUGCAGUGCCGGCGCACCAUGCAUCCCUAUCGACUCCUGCCCCCGUGUGAGAGCGCUCUUCCUGUCUCCCAACGCAGGCGACAAGCAAAGGGCCCAGCAACUGGUGUGCGGAAGAGAGGGCAGACGUCUUAAGGUGUGUUGUGCCUCCUCAAACGUGACGCCAACGCCAACAACCAUAACUGUAACACCAACCAGCAACCCCGGGGGGAAUGGACAGCUGUUGCCCUCAACUUGCGGACAGGCCAAUGAUUUGGAUAAAAUAUUCGGUGGUACAAACACCGUUAUUGGCGAAUUUCCUUGGAUGGCUGCUUUGGGAUAUAUAGGUGACAAUGGCUCUCUGGGCUGGAAUUGUGGAGGAGCUCUCAUCAACGACCGUUACGUCCUAACAGCUGCUCACUGUGGCCAUCCAGAUUUUCUGUCUGGCUUUACUCUGACUACAGUCCGUCUCGGCGAACACGACUUCUCCAAAACCCAGGACUGUAACUCAGCGGCAACCAAAUGCUUGCCUCCUGUGCAAGACUUCGCCCCUGAGCAAGUCAUCAUCCAUCCUUCCUUCAACAAACGUGCCAGCGAGAGUGAUGAUAUUGCGCUCAUAAGACUGAACAGGAAGGUGCAAUUCAAUGCUGCCGUGCAACCCAUCUGCCUCCCUCCCGCUGGCUUAAACCUCGGCUCCUUCCUUGCGGGCAGAGACCCUGUUGUGAUUGGCUGGGGGAUAACGCAGAACACCAUGAACGUACAGGUGCUGCAGAAGGUCGCGGUGCCUUUCGUUGAUUUCGGCACCUGCAAAAGAGCUAAUGCACCAGAAACACUGGUUAGCGGACAGAUUUGUUUCGGCGGAAGGGCGGGACAAGACUCAUGCAGGGGUGACUCCGGUGGCCCUCUCUUCUUGGACGCUUCCCCUGGCACCAUCCUGGGCAUCGUGUCGAAGGGCGGGCCGUGUGGGAAGGCCGGCGUACCUGCGAUCUACACCGACGUCCCCUUCUACAGGGGCUGGAUCGUGCAGAAUCUCAGACCUUAGGGCCAAAGUCGCUUAUUUUUCCUACGGUGCCUUUGUUCUCUCACUAGUUGUGUGCGCAACUCACAUCACUUCAUUGUUGAUUUAUUGUUAAUUAAAUGUUGGAUUUCAGUUGGAUCAGUUUAAACAGCUACGGGAGAUUAAUCGAAUAUUUCUUUUGUAAUUCUUUUCUUUAUUUUUUUUUUUUGUUAUCUGUAAGAUACUUGAAUUGUCCGAAUGAAGCUUUAUGUAAUUAUGAAUGAAAUGCAUGGAAACAACUAUUAACUUGUGAUGUAUGUCUUUUAAUCAGUUAAUCGUAAUUAGGCCUAUGUAGUUAUCUGUUUAAAUAUAAAUUUUCAGACGGUUUAAGCAUCUAUGUUUUUUUUUUUUUCCAGAAAUAUGAUCUAAAUAAAAAAACAGAUAGCUUU